AUGGAUGUAAAGAUGUGGUCAAUCAAGGUAAACGUCGAUGUGGAGAUUCCAUACGAAUUCCUGCCGCAAAACAUCUCGCAGCUGUAUCGCCUGCAGGAUGUGCCUUGCGCCGAGUUUCGAAGCUUCUUCAAGCACAUGCAGAUUUUCAGUCUCCUCUCGAUCUUCACUGGAUUCAUUGUAUGGGUGUUUACAGUCUCCAGCUUCUUUACCCGCAUGUUCCUGCCGCUGUUGUGGCUAUUCCUGUGGGUGACUAUCACUUUCACGGCAACGACGGUGGCCAUGAUAUUCCGAAUUCUUUUCGAUGGCGCGUGCUAUGGUGAGGUUGAAGAGAUUCCACCAUUCACAAGUCUGGCCGUUCCGAUGGGCGGCUUUGCGCUUGCUCUUAUUUGUUUCCAAACAUACCUUGUCACCUCCAUCAUGACGGUAUUCUUAUAA